AUGGCAAGUAGGCGUACUAACAACAACACUACUCAUCAGCAUCACACAGGCGUUCAUCGUGGGCAUGUUGUACAUCAUCUUGGGGGUAGAUCAGUGUCUAGACGACGUAAUGUAAUUAAUCGAGCUAGGAAUCGUUCAGAAAUUAGUUUUUGUGUUAAAUAUACAGUUUUUGGUUUUAACGUUGUUUUCUGGGCUCUCGGCUUUCUUUUGUUAGGUAUCGGUUUAUGGUCGCGCCUUGAAAAGAACAAUUUGUACAGUCAAUUGGCACUAUUCUAUUUGGAUCCAGCUUGGGUUUUGAUUAUUGUUGGAGCAAUUAUUUGGGCAAUUGGAUUUUCUGGCUGUGUUGGCGCUCUACGCGAAAAUACUUGUUUCUUGGCCAUUUACUCAUCCAUUCUUGGCUUGUUAUUACUCACUGAAGCCUUAAUUGUUGUGCUAGCGUUUGUUGCUAAAGAUUUUGUUGAAAAUGAUUUGGGAAAUCGAUUGGAUAGCAUGAUUGUCCACUACCGUGAUGACCCAGAUUUACAAACAAUUAUUGACUGGAUGCAAAAUGAUUUUCAAUGUUGUGGAAUAAGCGAUCCUGAUGAUUGGGACAAAAAUAUUUAUUUUAAUGCUUCUGCUAAAGCCUUAAAAUCUCCAGAAGCGGGAGGUGUUCCCUACUCCUGUUGUAAAAAUGUAGACAAAACUUUUAUUAAUUAUGCCUGUGGAUAUGCGGGUCCAAAACAAUUUUAUCAUAGCAAUAUACACAUUGAAGGUUGUUUACCUAAACUUCAGUCUUGGCUAAACAACAAUUUUCUUUAUGUGGGGGCUGCUGUUUUUGUUGUUGCUGUUGUACAGUUUCUCGGUAUUUGUUUUGCACAAGACUUGCGUAGUGAUAUCUUUGCCCAACGUGCAAAAUGGACUAGACGAACUUGA